AAAGCUUUGAAUGAGCUUUUAGAGUCUGAUGACAAGUUUGGGUUUAUAGUCAUGGAUGGUAAUGGCACAUUAUUCGGUACGCUAAGCGGGAACACGAGAGAGGUACUUCAUAAAUUCACCGUUGAUCUACCGAAGAAGCAUGGAAGAGGAGGACAGUCCGAUCUGCGUUUUGCUCGUUUGAGAAUGGAGAAGCGGCACAACCAUGUGAGGAAAACUGCAGAACUGGCCACCCAGUUCUUUAUUAAAUCUGCAACCAGUCAGCCUAAUGUUUCUGGGCUGCUACUGGCUGGUUCAGCUGACUUUAAGACUGAAUUGAGCCAGUCCGACAUGUUUGAUCCUCGUUUACAAGCCAAGAUUUUGAAUGUUGUUGAUGUGUCGUAUGGCGGUGAAAACGGUUUUAAUCAUGCUAUUGAGCUCUCUGCUGAAAUCCUGUCGAAUGUAAAGUUCAUACAAGAAAAACGUUUAAUCGGAAAAUAUUUUGAGGAGAUAAGCCAGGAUACUGGAAAGUAUGUGUUCGGAGUAGAUGAUACAUUGAAGGCUCUGGAAAUGAGUGCUGUAGAAAUCCUCAUUGUUUGGGAAAACCUGGAUGUUAAUGGGUACAUGCUAAAACAUAGUAUAACGGGUGAAAUUAUCAUAAAACGCCUGAAUAAGGAGCAGGAGGCUGAUCAGAGCAACUUCCGUGAUCCUGAAACCUCUGCGGAGUUGGAAGUUCAGGAAAAAAUGCCGUUACUCGAAUGGUUUGCCAAUGAGUAUAAGCGUUUCGGCUGCUCUCUCGAAUUUGUCACGAACAAAUCCCAAGAAGGAUCACAGUUUUGCAGAGGGUUCGGUGGGAUCGGAGGCAUCCUACGUUAUCAGCUUGACAUGAGAACGUACGAUGAGCUCUCCGAUGGAGAAGUUUACGAGGAUUCCGAUUGAUAAAGCACUGCUCAAAGCUGUCAUGAGGCUCGAGAGCCUAUACAACCCACAGAUGUAAUGCUUCUUCUUUUACCAUUUUAUCACUUUUUGAUUCUAAAAAUAAAAUAUAGACCAAGUUGGUUUGGGUUUUUUCGA